GGAAACUAGGCACGCGGGAUAGAACCUAACCUACCUAUCCACGCAGUAAGCAGGUUAGGGCGAAAUUAGAAUCAAUUCAAGAUAUUGGCUGCUCAGAUUCAUCAUGGGUACCAAACGUAAAGGGGAGAUGAUCCUAGACCAAGAUCCAGACUAUGAGAUGGUAUCUGCUAUGACGACCAGCAAAAGGCAACGACUCUUUGAGAAAGAUGCCAGGGACAUCACAGUUAAGAAGAUGGAAGGUAUCAUCAAGCGUCAGUUUGCUAUUGAGAUGAAGCAUAAAGAGAAGGAAGUCGAACUGAUUGACGAGAGAAUUCAUCAGGCAAGAGCCAUGCUAGAUAAGUUGCGAGCGUGUAUCGUGGCAAACUACUAUGGAAAUAUUGGACUUGGCCAUUCGUCUGCAAAAGGGGAGAAAACUAGAUCCACCAAAGCUAAUCUGGCCCACCCGGCCAUCCAACGCGCCCUCAAGAACAAACCCAAAAUGCCGUCCCCCUCUGAAACCCCAGACCUGGCUUCGGCAGACAACAUUGCCUCUACUGGCACCCCGAACCUGUCAGCCAUGGCUGACAUUCCCAGCACUCCAAGCAGUGGGCACUGGUCCAGCCAGCAGAGCGAGCGGUCGUCGCCAGAGUCAGAGCAGCUGAGCAGGGUGGAGCUUGCCGAAGUAGAGGAGGAGCCUAAUGGAGGGGGCGGGGCCAAAGGACCACGCAACUCUGGGCCUGAUACCUUUGGAGUAGGUCCCCCUCUUCUGACACCCAAGCCUCUGGUUCCACAAGUGGACUUUGAUGAUGGCUCCAGAUUCCAUGUCAAGAAGAGGAUCAUUGUUGGAAAUGUCUCAAAGUACAUCCCUCCAGAAAAUCGUGAGGACAGUGACCCAUCCACCCAUAAAUGGAUGGUUUAUGUGAGGGGGCCACCGGAAGAGCCCAAAAUUGAUCAUUUCGUCAAACGCAUCUGGUUCUUCCUCCAUCCUAGCUACAGACCCAAUGACCUGGUUGAGGUUAGGGAGCCCCCUUUUCAUCUGACCAGGCGAGGGUGGGGGGAGUUUCCCAUCCGCGUCCAGCUCCACUUCCUGGACCCCAGGAACAAGAAAGUGGAUAUUAUUCACCCUCUCAAGCUGGACAGAACUUACACUGGACUGCAGACACUUGGAGCUGAGACGAUUGUUGAUGUUGAACUGGAUCGUUACCUGUUUGAUGACCACGGUCAGCCCUUAUCCAGACCAAUGACCCCAACCAUCACAAAGGUCAACUACCAAGAGGGCAUCAAGCCAGGCAGCAGUCCAGGGACAUCAUGGGAUGAGGCAAGAUGGAAGAUGGCUUCUCCAAGAAUCAAAGAAUCUACCAGUCAAAUACCAGGGGAACAAGGAAUGGGUCCUGUGACUGCCACAAAAAGAUCAGAGCCCCUUGAGGCAAGUCCAGCUCGAGUCAAUGGUCAAAAGAGUGAGGUCAUUCAGAAGGUGGAACCACAAGUGGAUCAACUCUCCGGUGAGGUCACAGUGUCUGCUGACCAGGGUCAGUCAUUCAGCGGCAUCAUCGGUCCGUCAGGUAUCCAGCCUUCUUCCCAAGCCCCUACCAUGGGCACUGCCUCCACAGGCCAGAUCGCCAUUCAGCAACGCCAGGGCGGACAGUUCGUGCGUGUCAUGCCACCCCUCGGUCCCAUAACAAAGAGCACCGUAAUAGCCCCAACCUCUCUGGGUGUCUUACCCCAGAAGGCACCAGUACCCAUGCCAUCCCCAGCCAAAGUUGUAUCCCCAACAGAUGACAGGAGUGGUUCAAUUGUCGGUUCUCCCUCUUCCAGCCUCCCAUCAUCAGCCAACGUCUCUCCAACCCAUUCAGGUGUUAUAAAUGUUGCCGAUGCUGCUUUUACAGGGAAAGGUACCUUGGAUGUCCGUAUACAAGAAGGAAAGGUCAUCCAAGAGGUCACCUCUCACACACAAGACAUUAUUGAGGGCAAGACAGAGGCAACAACAAAUGUAUCAGUGAUUGCCCCAGCAAUCAUAUCCCAAGCACAACAAGCAGGUGCUAGAGGCCCUACAGUUCUUCAGACCACAGCACCCACUAGACUUCAGAAUGUGCAGGGCAUCUCAGCAAGCACCGAGUCCCAGAAACCUUCUGAGCCGGUAGACGGCAGUGCACUUGGUACAAGCUCUCAGGCAGGAGGGAUUGUGGUCCAGCCGACAAGUUCACAGCUGAACAAGCCAGUGAUGAGUACCUCUCUGCCAGCCACCAGUGCUGGCAUCCCUGUGGUCAAGAGGAUCCCCUCCUCUGGAAGUAUCACAGUCAUCCCGACCAAGACAUCGGCAGAAUCCCCUAAACAUUCACCCCCAGCCACUGCCUCAGGGAUACCAACUCCACCGCCUGGGACUCAGUACUACAUCACAGCCAACUCCACAGACCCCAAUCUGCAAGGGAAGGUCAUUCUCAUCCCACAGCAGGUGUUCCAGCAAGCCUCUAGUCAGCAGGCACUGACCAGCGGGAAACUGGGUGCAGGGAAGGCAUCCAGCCCCGCAGGGAAAGUAGGUGCUUCCAAGGUAGCCACUGCUUCAUCCAAAUCGCCAUUCUUAUCCCCGAGCAAUGUUCUGAUUCUGCCUGCAGGGUCCAUUGUGCCUCCUCUGCCCCCCGGUAGUAUUGUACAGAUUCAGCAGGUACCAUCCCCAGUUCGGUCAACGUCGGCUUCAGGUCAGCCAAAGUCCCAGACAACAUUGGCCAUGACGAGAGCAGUUACUGCUCCUGGAAAGGGCACUGGCCCCAAAAUAACAGGCAUCCCAUCUGGAGGAGUUAUACAAAUCCAAAGGACCACUGGGACUACAGUGGCCAAGGUUUCGGGGAUACAGAGUCCCCCUCAGACAGCUGGAAUAUCUAUUCUUCCAGAACAGAAGGGCCAGCUGGCAAAAACUCCAUCUGGUGGUGUUGUUUUUGUGCAACGCACACCUGCAGGUGGUAAGAUCAGUUCAGGACAGACCCUUACAAGACUUCCCAUUGUUCAGGGAGGUUUAGCUCUAAAGCAGAACAUAACUCUGGCAGCACAGCUCCCACCUGGGGCAGUCCCUAUUCCACAGCAGGGACAGUUGUCUCUGAAACCUGGCAGCUCUGUCAACAUCAUUCAGAGUCCAGCACCAAAAUCUCUUCACCAGGGGCAAACACUGGUCUUACACGCUCAGCCCUCUGUUCCCAAGGUCACAGGAAAACCCCUGCAGACAGUGACAGCUAUUCGACAGCCACUAGUUGCAGGGGGUCAGACUUCAAAAUUUAUCAUUCAGGGUCAGGGUUCAAAGAUUGUUGCUCCAGGUCAACUCCAGGUCAGACUGUCUGCACCUGCAACAAGUGUAAUUCCAGCACGCACAAUAGCUGCAAGCUCUGCUAGUUCAAUAGCUGCAGGGCCCAAAGCUGUUGUGACAGCACAAGUUUCAGGGGAUGGCAAGGGACAGGAUGCAGAAGUCCCAGCAGCACAACAUACAUCGGCAGCUGCAACAUCUGAUGCUGGGGUAACAAAGACAGAAGGAUCACGAGCUGUCACUGGUCACGGAGCUGAAGGAGAAAAUGACUCAAGCAGCAGCUCAGGAGUUAAAGAGCAGAAUGAAACUCAAAGUGUAUCAACUGAGACUAGCCAGAAGGAAAUUGCACUUGUUAAAGACAAGACCAAGGAAGCUUUACCCCAGCAUGCAAUUACCUCUGAAAUUGUCGAGGCCGCAAGAGCAAGUAUAUCUGCAGGUGUAGGUGAAGCCCAUGUGGCCCACUCUGCAAAAUGUGUACCAACAAAGGCAGCUCAACCUGCUCUGGCCCAGUCUCUCUCAAGAAUUAUCAUCAAGCAGGAGCCAGUCACCAGCCCUCAGAAGGACUACCCACCAACAUCUACCAUGCAGCACAUUGUGAAUCCCACUUCUGCCAACGCUACCGCAACCACAGGUGACUUUCAAGUGAAAAUGGAAGUCGAGGAGAAAGAGGAUGAGUCAGAGGUGUCGGUCAUGAUCAAUGAGCUGACAAUGAGCUGUGCGGAGGGCCCAGUGGGUGUCUACGGCCUGCGGACAAUGGAGGAGUUGAUUACAGCUGCAGUGAAAAAAACGCCUUUGAUCAACAAAGAUAGGAUUCCAAGCGAGCACCCAUUUGCAGCAAAAUUUGUGGAGCAGUACCAUUCGUGGUCUGGGGCCAAACGGCGGGCCGCAGAAUGGCACCGUGCCGUCAUGGUCAGGCGGAUUGCAAGCGAAGCACGGGAGAAAUCUGAGAGGCUGCGAUUUGAGAGAAUGUGGACAACAAAGGAAGUGAUGGUGUGGUGCAGACAGCGGGGAUAUACUCCACCAGAGCCUGGUGCCCACAACGUUGAAGACUCCUGGUGCAACAUAUGUGGGGACUUGAGCAAGAAGGGGAAGACAGUUCAAGUGGUGGUUGAUGGGCAUGACUGCAGGAAUGAUUGGCUAUCAUCGGCCGGGCUUUUAAAACCAGUAUCCUACACAAGUCCAGACGAGAUGACCAACAGCCUAGGGAUACAACAGGCAGCUGUGGACCAGAGUUUCUCAGACAGCGAAACAGAGGUGGAUAUCAUCAGGAUGUGGAACCCUGGACAUCGCAAGCAGAUCAAGAAAGAAACAGCUGACGGCGCUGAUAGGAUACGGUGUUAUCUGCCGCUCAGUGAUGGAGCCAAGAUGACUCAAGGAAUUGCCCAAGAGAUUGGAAUCUCCUUUAAGCCAACUCAACUUGCUCCAGACACCUUCUCACCUGUUGUGGAGGAGGUCGUGUUCUGUGCUGUUUCACAGUUCUUGGGCACUCUUGUCCGAGAAUCCUUAGCCAAGGCCUAUAACAAACGUACAGAUAACAGACUUCCGAAGGAGAUCCUUCCCACUCACGUCCUCCAGGCUAUUGACUGCAUUGAAUCGUUUGACUUCCUUAGCAACAAGCACCUGGGGGUCCUUGCCAUGCCAACCGAGGACAACCAAGAAAGCCCAUCUUAGACCACAGAUGGCAACACAGUAAAACUUAUCUCCCAAGGUGAUCAUCAGUUGAGGCGAAGGCAAGGAAAAAACAGCAUAGUCCAUGAAGCAGAAAGUUCGGCCAAUAUUUGUUGUACAACACCCCAACCAAAGAUUAUGCAUUCAUGAGAGACCUGAUUGUUCAACUGCCAAACACACUGUAACCCUAACUGCUAUAAUAUCCUUAUUGGAAUUUAUUGCUUAAAAAAAAAGAAAUUGGUUGAGAAGAUUGAAUGAAAUUUGAAUAUACAUAUAUUGGGGAAAAAAAUAUUUUGAAAAUAAAAUCGUCUGGAAUGCAGUAUAUUUCACCAAUAAAGUUCUUUUCUUUUCUUCAGAAGGCCCUAAGCCUAUUUUUGACAAAUAUCAUGACUGCAAUGAGGACCUUGUAGCAUUGAGUCGACGGUUUGACAAGUGGCUUGCCUGACCAUUGUGGCAAGAUCCAUUGGGUCAAUUCCCCGCAAGGUCAAACAGCCUGGGAGUCUGUGGUUGCCGGUCACCACAAGAUCCAACAGUGGCCUUGGUCAGUGGGACUAGCUCCCAUCCUCUCAACAUGGCCAGUUUGUUCGGCUGCUGUCGAUAGCCAAAUGCAUCAAUGUGCAUCAGACCUUUUCACCUGAGCACUGUGCUGUCUUAGGCAGGGUUAGGGUUAAAGAUGACUGGACUUAUGUAUCAUGUGUAUUAAUUUGAGAUAAGUUGAAGAGCACUUCCUCUUCAGCAAACUUCCCUGACAAAAGAACACAUCCAAGUACAUUGUAUGGAGCAUUUUGUGGCACUCAUUAAACAUGGUGAGUGUGUUGCAAUGACCUAGGAUGUCCGGUGACUGUGGAUAUAGGACAUUGGUUGUGAUGGAUGUGUGAGGAAUACUUUUUGAAAGUGGAGUAAUGGUUGUCGGCUAGUGUUAGAGAAACCAUCACACCAGCAACACCUGUAUAAAAUGGUGUGCAGGUACUUGUAUUGUCAGCCAAACUGCAGUAUCUGGCCACGUAUGUAAGGACCUUCAUUUAGGCAUGAUGUUUAACCCUGAAGAAACAUUGCCGAUAUCGUUUUUAUAUUGGUAAUUUUUUUCUCAACCUAGUUUUCGGGGAAAAAAAUCUCUAUGAUCCUUUUUGUUUUCCCUGAAAACUGCACUGAUUUCCAUGAACUGAGCAAAACUAACCUGCAACAAUUAUGCAAAUUGUGAAAAGUGUGGUGCUCUAAUUACACAAAGAUUCAAAAAGCAUUAACCCUAACACUCCCAAAUCCUCCAAUUUUAGUACGAUUUUACAUACACCCUUGGGGGUUAGGGUUAAUGCCAAGCAGUUAACUGACCCCGACAAGGAUCAUAUGCAAAGUAAAAUAAUAUGUCACUGGUACCAUUAUCUUUGUCCAUGGUCCAGCUUUUGACAGAAACAACAUGGGAGCCAGUGAUUUUCCUGAGUGGUGUAACAUGCCCAGACUCCAGCUUUGCUGUGUACAUGGACAUGUCUACAUAUGCUUUCAUUCAUACAUACCUACCUUGCUAUCUACAGAGUGUGUACAGUAAUGUGCGCACAAUAUUGCUGGUUUUGCAUCUUUUCCAAGCCAUAUUGUAAAUGCAUAUAGAUAUUUUCACAGUCUCGGGAAUUUUUUAAUGUGGCACAGUGUUUUUUAUUUUAUUGCCAUAUUAGUGAUGUUGGGAAAAUUAUCAACCAUGAAAAAAAAAA